AUGGCAGCCUUUCAGAUCGCACCGCCAGAGACGUUCGAUUGUGUCAGCCCUGAUACGUGGCCAGUAUGGAUCCGCCGCUUCGAACGAUUCCGUACAGCUUCCGGAUUAGAGGAGAAAGACGGAAAGAUUCAAAUUAGCACACUGGUCUAUGCAAUGGGAUCGAAAGCUGAAGAAAUAUUGAGUUCAUUCACCCUCACGGAGGAGCAGGCGAAAAGCUAUAAUGAGGUGAGAAGCAAAUUCGAUACACACUUUGUAGCGCGACGCAACGUGAUAUUCGAACGUGCAAAGUUUAAUCAACGCGUACAAGAACCAGAGGAGUCGGUUGAUUCUUUUGUCACUGCGCUGUACAGCCUGUCGGAACACUGCAUGUUUGGUGACCUCCACGAUGAGCUCAUCAGAGACCGCAUUGUAGUAGGUUUGCGUGAUGCGAGUUUGUCGGAGACAUUGCAGUUGGAUUCUGAAUUAACUUUGGAGAAAGCCAUUUCGAAGGCUAGACAAAAGGAGACAGUCAAACAACAGCAAGUGGUAAUCAGGAAAGAUGACACGCAUUCCACACCUGCAGUCGUGGAGGCGGUUCGUGGACGACGUCCUGUGGCGCAAACCAGACAAAGGAAGACUGCCUGCGUACACAAGGAGAAGAGUUCAUCGUCGGGUGGCAGACCGAUGGCAAGAGAUUCCUGCACUAGAUGCGGACAUAAACCGUCACAUGGCAGAGCUGCGUGCCCAGCAGUAACGGCGAAAUGCCAUAAGUGCGAACGCGUAGGUCAUUACGCACGCAUGUGUAAAUCCAAACAAAAGAUCGAAAUCGUUUCGGAUGCUAGCUUUGAGUCGGACGAUUCCCACGGUUAUCUAUGCUUGGGUGUUAGAUCUAUCGAAACUGUAACAGGUGCUUGGAUGACCAACGCUAAGGUGAACGGGAGAGAGUUGAGGUUCAAGAUCGACACUGGUGCAGAUGUUACAGUGAUACCAGAAAAGGUGUACAAAACAACCUUCAGCAACGCUAAACUUCAACCCGUUACCAGACAUUCACUACGUGGCCCAGGAGGACAUGCAUUGGAUGUGCGUGGGAAGUUUGUUGCCAAACUCCAGGUCAAAGCGUUGACCGCACAGCAAGAAAUAUUUGUGGUGAGCGGAAUGACAAGAUGUCUACUUGGCAGACCAGCCAUUGAAGCUCUGCAAGUAAUCAAACGCUGUGAGAUAGUACAAAAAGAUGCAUGUAAUUUGGUCAAGGUGGCUGAUGUGCAAGCUGAAUUCCCAAAUUUGUUUAAGGGCCUUGGAAGGAUGAAAGAAGAGUACACCAUCUGUCUGAAAUCAGAUACAAAGCCUUUUGCCCUGUCCACUCCCAGACGAAUACCUAUCCCCUUGAUGAAGAAAGUGGAGGAUGAACUGCUAAAAAUGCAAGUGGAGGGAGUAAUUUCGAAAGUAGAUCAACCCACUGAUUGGUGCUCAGGAAUGGUCAUUGUUCCUAAGCCUAAUGGUCGUGUGAGAGUUUGUGUUGAUAUGUCCAAACUCAAUGAGAGCGUAAAAAGAGAGAGAAUGAUAUUACCUUCAGUAGAACACACUCUAGCUCAAUUACAAGGCGCUCGUGUUUUCAGUAAGAUCGAUGCGAAUAGUGGCUUUUGGCAGAUACCGCUGUCAAACGAGUCUGCCUUACUCACGACGUUUAUAACGCCAUUUGGUAGAUUUUGCUACAACAGAUUGCCAUUUGGUAUAACCUCGGCACCGGAGUUAUUCCAGAAAAGAAUGUCUGAGACACUCAACGGUGUGCCGGGAACUCUGUGCUUGAUGGAUGAUAUUCUGGUCUAUGGGAAGACACAAGCAGAACAUGAUCAACAUCUUCGGAAAGUCCUAGAGAGAGUGCAACAAGCCGGUCUUACACUUAACCAAGAGAAGUGUGUAAUUUCAACAAACACAGUGAAAUUCUUAGGUCAUGUCGUCGAUCACACAGGAAUAAGAAGUGAUCCAGACAAAAUUAAAGCAAUUAAGGAGAUGACAGAGCCGUCAACUCCUACAGAAGUGAGGAGAUUCUUAGGCAUGGUAAACCAACUGGGAAAGUUUCUCCCAAGACUAGCUGAGAAAACAGAGCCAUUGAGAGCCUUGAUUACCUCCAAGUCAGAGUGGAUGUGGGGAGACAGUCAACGGUGUGCCUUUGAAACAAUCAAAGAAGAUCUGUCUCAACCACCAGUGUUAGCUUUAUAUUCUCCAACCAGACCAACAGCUGUGUCAGCAGAUGCGUCAGCAUAUGGUUUAGGAGCAGUUAUUCGACAGAAGCAAGACAAUGGAGAAUGGAAACCUAUUGCAUACGCAUCAAGGUCACUUACCAGUGCAGAAGCUAGAUAUGCGCAGAUAGAGAAGGAGGCACUUUCUAUCACAUGGGCAUGUGAUCGAUUCCGUGACUACUUACUGGGAAUGGCAUUUCACGUGGAAACGGAUCAUAAACCUUUAGUGUCUUUGCUGAGUUCAAACAGACGUUUAGAAGAACUACCUUUACGAGUUCAGCGAUUCAGAUUACGACUGAUGCAGUAUCAGUUCACUAUUUCUCAUGUCCCAGGUCGUAACCUUCAUACUCCAGAUACCUUAUCGAGGAGUCCACUCCAGGAAAAUAGAGCCAGUUCAAAAAGCCAGGAAGUAGCAAUCGCAUCUGACGAGUAUGUUGAUCACAUACUGGAUUCUCUACCGGUGCAAACAGAAACUUUGGCCAAAAUAAGAGAGCAACAAGAUGCAGAUGAAACAAGCUACCAGCUGAAGCAAUUCUGCAGGAAAGGAUGGCCGCCCAAACAUAAGCUCAAAGGAGAUAUCAAGAAAUUCUGGGCAGUUUCAUCAGAAUUGUCUGUGGAAGAAGGCCUAUUACUACGUGGUAGCCGACUGGUUAUCCCUACCUCAAUGCAAGCUGAGAUUCUGCAUAAGCUACAUUUGGGACACCUUGGCAUUACCAAAUGUAGAGAGAGAGCACGUUCAGCAGUGUGGUGGCCAGGAAUUACAUCACAAUUACAAGAUAAGAUUGAACAUUGUUCAAUAUGUAGCAAACAACGGCCAAUACCAGUCGAACCCUUAUUCCCAACGGUUUUCCCUAGUCGACCGUGGCAAACAUUGGGCACUGAUUUGUUUGAAUGGGGAGGGAGGUCGUUUCUGCUAGUCGUGGAUUAUUAUUCGAGAUAUCCCGAAGUCGUUUCCCUGACAAACACAUCUUCCAAAGAAGUAAUAUACAAGAUGAAAGCCAUAUUUGCUCGACAUGGCAUACCAGAUGAGGUCAGAUCGGAUAAUGGUCCUCAGUACGCCUCCGAGAUAUUCGCAAAGUUUGCAAAAGAGUACGACUUUGUGCACACAACGAGUAGUCCGAGAUAUCCCCAAUCGAAUGGAGAAGCCGAGCGAAUGGUACAGACUAUGAAGAAACUACUAACGAAGAGUGAUGAUCCCUACCAGGGAUUGUUGUCUUAUCGUUCAGCCCCUCUGUCAAAUGGAUAUUCUCCGGCAGAACUACUAAUGGGUAGACAACUGAGAGGUUUUGUCCCAACCACGCCAGCUACCCUUUUACCGAAACAUGUCCCCUACAGAGACAUACGGGUCAAAGAACAAAUUCAGAGACAGACCACAAAAGAGAGAUUUGACAAACAACAUAGAGCCAAGGAACUACCACCAUUAUCUAGUGGAGAAGGAGUGUGGAUUCCUGACAGAAAGGAAAGAGGGUCUAUUUUACAACAGUCUAAAACACCAAGGUCUUAUACCAUCUCAACACCAUCCGGAGAAUUUCGAAGGAACAGAAGACACAUAGUUAGAGAUCAUCAACGAAAAGAACCGGUACCAGAAGACAAGAAGACUGAAAUGAAGAAAGAAGAACCAACAGAAAGUACGGUGCAACAUCCACCUUCAGUACAACCUGAUCUAACAACAACAAGAAGUGGUAGAGCUGUCAAGCCACCGCAGAAACUAGACUUAUAG